AUGGGCUGUCUUGUUCGCCCCUUUUUAUAUUUAAUCCACCCCCAAUGGGUCGCAAAUGUCAGCUUCGCCUCACCGGUGUGUUUCGACACGAACAGAUUGCCAAUGCAGGCUGGACAAAUCCCGACUCAUCCUUGGCCCAAUAGGCGCCUCUUCUCGAAAACAGGGCUGUGGCGAAAAAAAUCGUACCUCCUUCGGUCUGCACCGGAAUGA